AUAGAUAUCCGGAAGUUGGUGGCGUUGGCGUGUCUCUCAUGGACUUACAGUCUUGUCAUGCAGCCCUUCUUUGACAGUUCAAUUUGUGCGAAAAUUAACACCACCGUCAAAGAAAAAGAAUCCUACUCCAGAUAGAACAAAAUUUUCAGUCAGCCAGAAACGCGUCGCUAAAAAUCAACAAAAUGGACCUCUCGGUGGCCUCCCGGGAGGCGGAAUCGGAACCAUUCCAGGCGGACAACCUAUUUGGAAUGGAAGAUUUACCAGUUGUCCCCUUCGAAGGCCCCGAAUCUUAUUGUCGAUUGUGUUUGACUACUCCGGAGGUAGAGCCGCUGUUUCCGGCCGAGGCGGAUCCCAAUGUAUAUGUAGUUGAGCUGAUAGGCAAAUACAUUGGUAUCGAUCUUAGCUUACAGGAUGAUUUCCAGAGUGCUGUUUGCCGACACUGCCAGCUCGUUCUGGAUCAGUUUGAUUUGUUCCGACAGAAUUGUCUUAAAGUGGACAUAGCUAUCCGGAGACGUCGCCUAGGUUUGGACGUGGUAGUAAAAGCCGAACCAGCACCUGAACCAGAAGAAGAAGACAAUGAAGACGAUCUCCCUUUCGUACGGUUAGAGAACCGUACCUAUCAGUGCAAAAUCUGUUCGGAGUUGUUCCGCUCAAUGACUUUGUUCUCGACGCACUGCAAAGAAGAACACCCGGAGGAGUCUAAAAUGUUCAAAUGUAAACAAUGUAACAAAGCCUUCAUGACGAAAACCGCACGACUCCAGCACAUACGGUCGCACUUACCAUCAAAUUCUUUAGAACAUGAAAUCGCCGGAGAUCGUAUUCAGGUGUGCGAAAAGUGUAUGAUCACAUUCGAUUCGUAUAAACUUUUAAAGGUUCAUAUUAAGGAGCAACAUGCAAGCGAUCCCAAGCAAGAACCUCUUGUUUGUAAAUCAUGUUCUAAGCAAUUCACGAGGAUAACUAUACUUCGAAAUCACAUUCUCCGAGUUCAUCUGGGCAAGCUUCCUCAUAUGUGUAGACAUUGUGGCAUUGGUUUUGGAUACACCCAGCAGUUAUUAACUCAUCUCAGAACCGAGCACGGAAUCACUGAUAAUAUAAAUCAAUUAGGACAGUCGCUUCCAACUGAUGAUGAUCAUGAAGAAGAAAAGGAUAACAACUCUACACUAACCGGUGCAGUAGAAACAACUGCAAUAAAAGAAACAACCUCGGAUAUAGGUGAAUCCUUACAACAAACGAAUUCAUUUACUCAACAGCAGGAGAGUCCUACAAAGACAACUUUUGUUCGAAGAUUGGACGAAUAUAAUUGUACCGAGUGUCAAAUUAAAUGUAAUAGCAAGGAAGAUUUACGCAUCCACAGUAAAAUGCAUCAGGAUCCUAGUUGGUGGAAAUGCAUGCACUGCCGCAACUUUGUCAAACAUCAGAAGAUGCACAUUGACAAGAAACAUCCAUCAUUAGCAUCGGAGGAUUUGGAUUCCUGUUACCAGCUGCGUUACAGAUGUUGGUUCUGUCGUAUGUAUUUCAAGUCGCUUCCGCAAAUGCACGCGCAUGCUCAGGCAGGGCAUCAAGUCACUAUCCCUGGCUUCAAACCGGAACAGAUAGUUCAGGUUAAGAUUGAAGCACCUGAAGUAGAACCCAUCAAACAGCAACCACAGCAGCAGCCAACACUUCAAACACAACCAGAAACUUCUGCACUGUUAGCGCUUCUAACGGGACAGGUUACAUCUUUAACAGCGAUGCCCGGCGUGCCAACGUUGCCUCAGUUGCCGCAGCCAUCAUUACCGUUUGCUCCGGAAAAUCUACCUUUGUUAUUAUCUCAACUAGAUAACGGUGGUUGGGAUUAUCUGCGGGAAUUCUCUAGACUUUUGAAUCCAAAUAACGUUACUAGUUUCGGAAAUAUACCACUGAAACAGGAAUCAGAACCAUUGGAUAACAGUAGUUCGGUUAUGGAUUUGUCCUCCUACAGUAACGAUAAGCAACAACAAUCUCUGAACAGUAGCGGUGCGAAUCAGAAUUCCUUUUCUUACAUGGAUGACGACGAGGAAGAAGAACCCGACUCAGAAGAUGAUAGCUUCAUUCGAUUGGGCAACAGAAUGUAUCAAUGUAAAUCCUGCACGGAUGUAUUCCGUCACAUGAUGUUGCUACGCAAGCACACUAAAGUGGCCCAUCCUUCGGAGUGGAAGAGCUUCAAGUGUCCAAACUGCAAGCGCCGCUUCCCAUCAGCUUCAAUUCGUGAUCGACACGCUCAUUUUCACACAUUGAACCAUCCGCAUAAGUGUUCCGAAUGUGAUCAAAUGUACAAUACGAAGAAAAAGUUGGAGCAACACCACAUUCAGUUUCAUGCCGUUAAUUCCAGUACUUUUACGUUGGAAAGAUUGAGAUGUGAGCUGUGCUUUUUGUCCUUCGCGGAAAAGAAAUAUUAUGAUCUACAUUCACGCAUUUUCCAUCAGAACAAACCGCAGCGUAUUAAAAACCUGUCUGAUCGUAUUCAAGUUUGCGAAAGAUGUGUAGUAACGUUCGAUUCGAAAGAACUUUUGCUAGAGCAUAUGAAACAGGUUCAUCAUUCAGAUCCUCCUCUCGAGGGAUGUGUAUGCCCCAGAUGCUCUAAGGAUUUGAAGACGGUGACACUUCUGAGGAUUCAUAUUUUGGUUGUCCACUUGGGGCACUUACCGUUUGUGUGCCAACAUUGUAACGCUGCAUUUGCUACUCGCCAUUGGCUUCUCAAGCAUGUGGAAAAAGAGCAUGGUGAUAAGCCUUCGAUGGCUUUACCACCAAUAGUGGUACCGGCACCCGUCAUAAAAUGUCCCUCCUGUGAGGAGACCUUUGAGGAUAUGGAAAAAUUGGGCGUUCAUCAAGAGCAAGCCCAUCCUGUCGUUAAGGCAGAAGUUGACCCGGAUUCAGGGUCCACGGUAUAUCCUUGUCCUAAAUGUGUUAAAAAGCUAGAGUCGAAAGAAGUUCUUGAAAAGCACAUUUUAAAAGCUCAUCCUACAUUUAUGCUGAUGUAUAAAUGUCCGCUUUGUCAGAAACCUGUGCGAUAUCGGAAACAGCACUUACGUAUUCACCACGACAUUGAGUACAACGAACGGGAGCAUCUUUACGAAACUCGAUACAAGUGCCAUUGCUGUUCAAAGCUAUUCAAAGACAAGCGUAGUCUAUCGUCUCACCAAUCGUCUCUUUCACACCAAUGUGCUCGCUGUCAGAUGCGAUUCAAGACAAAGAAAAAUCUUCUAGCUCAUCUUGUUACUCAUCGUCCAAAUAAGUCGCUAAAGUGCGAAGAGUGUGGACUUGAAUUCGGCUAUCGGACACGGCUCGAGGAACAUCGACUUCGCUUCCACAGUGCUAAUUCCACCGAAGUUCUCAAACUGCUCAACUGCCCGUUCUGUCCCAAAUUGUUCAUGAGUCCAAGUAACAGAGAACGACACAUAUCCGUUACACAUCCACAAGAUGACUUUACCAUCGCUUGUGGACACUGUGAUUACGUUGAUAAGGACAGCCUGAUUAUCAGAAAACACUAUAGGACCGAUCAUCCAAAUGAAAGAUGCACAUUCAAAUGUGCACUGUGCGUCAAAAUAUAUUUGAACCUAUCCAGUUAUAAGGAACACUACAAGAAGCAUAGCGAUGAGGCAGCUGCUGCACGAGCUGCCUCCGAGACAUCGAACAAUUCUGGAAAUGUAAGUGCAAGUACAGAUGUUACAAUUAAAGUUGAAACCGAAGAAUCUCAGUUACAAGAUACUAUUGAAAAGCCGGAUGGGUUGAAGCAAGAGCCUUUGGAAAUCAUGGAAAGCAAUUCUGAGCAAAUUAUCAAGACAGAACCAAUAGCUACCGAACCAGAUGAAUCUGAAAUUGGCAAAGACAAGCCGCAGAAUGCAGAACCUGAUCAGCAGCCUAACUUGCAAGAAGAUAAUUCAGAAUCGAAAAUAGACGAAUCCAUCAGAGUUACGAGCUCAGAUGAAACGAAGCACGAAGAUGAAAAUGGUGAUUUGGACCCCGUAGAACACGAAAAAAAUAGUGAAGUGAAUAACUUUGAACAAGAAAAUGUAGAUAAGAAAGCGUCAGAAAAUGAAAAGAAAGAUGAAAAGGUAGAAUCUUCUGAUAUAGCAAAAACAGAUACCAAGAACAUUGAAGAACAAAAUGAUAAAACUGAGACCAAUAUUACCAGUAUUUCUGAACAAUGUCAACAGAAGAUUAAUCAUGAUGAGAUAGAUCAAACGCAAACAGAUGUAAUGGACUGUGAACAAACGGACAAGAAGCAAACGCAAUCCAUUGAAAUGACUAAUGAACAAAUAAACACUGCUAUUGCUGAAGAAAAACAAACUACAGAAGAUGCACCUAAAGCGAAUGCAGAAACUUCAAAACAAAAUGAGGAGAAUCAAUCUAAAGAAGAUGCUUUCCAAACAAAUGAAAAAGCGUUAAAACAAGCUGAAGAAAACCAACCGAAACAAGAUGCUUCUAACAUGAAUGACACAUUUUCUGAGCAAAACGAGGAAGAACAAUCAAUAGAAGCUGCGUCUAAAACGGAUAAAAAAUCUCUAGAGGACAUUACUGAAACCAAACAGGUUAAUAAAGCUGAUAUUGAGGUACAAAACGCCGAGAGUAAAGAAUCAGAACUAAGCUAUGCACAAACAGAACAUAAUUCAAACCUAAAAGAUGACAUUGAAGGCGGAAAUACUGAACCAAUGAUACCCCCAAACAUUGAGAAAGAUGAGAAAACCGAAAACAAUGAUACGGAGUGUGUAUCAACAACCAGUGAACACCAGGAACAUUCUUUGUUGAUGGAAAAAUCGGAAACCGACUCCAAAGAGGAAGCAAGUGUAGCAGAUAAAACCAAUGUUUUGUCGGAUGAAUGUGCAACAAAUAUUCUUGAACAAAAAGAGACACCAAACAUUCCGUUCGAAGAAAAGAAAGAUAACGAUCAGUCCAAGCAACCUUCCGACGCAGAAGAGCAACCCUGUGGGUCUUCUGAAGAUAAUACCGUAGUCAGCAGUAUUCACAAAUCGACCGCAAGUGAACCGAUGGAUACUGAACAAUCGGACGUUUCUGAAAAAGGUCAGGUAAAUGAAAGCAAAAAUGAUGGUAAUCCAAAACUCGCAAAGCGGUUGAAAGUGAGUCAUGACGAUGGAUCGAUUCAAAAUAUUUUGAGUAGCUCUCAUCAUAUGCAACCGGUGGUUUUAAUAAAAGAUAUAAAAAGCAACACCGAAUUGAAGGAUAAAAUUUCAACGCCAGUUGUCAAAAACGAUUCGUGCUUUGUGGCCAUCCCUCGAAUGAGUACACGCUUCGGUGCAUUUAUCAGUGAUGUUCAAUCAAAUCGCUUUAUGAAAUUACGACAACGAAAGACUUAAUAUGGUGUGAUGAUACAAAAAAAUACAUUUGGGAUAAAUAAUUGCUGUGAUAUUUCGAAAGUUGUUUGUAUACAAUUUGCUUCACGAGGUAGGUAUGUUUUUUUUAAGAUAAUGCCAUUCGUAACUUUAAUCAGUUCCUAAAAUUUGUUCGAACAAAA